AUGAGCGACAAAGCAGAAGAUAAUAAGGUCCCUGUCGACGAGAAUCUUCAACAUGGAGAAACAAUCAAUGUCGGUCUCCAUCGUAACCUAAAAAACCGUCAUAUACAGCUCAUUGCUAUCGGGGGCUCCAUCGGAACAGCCCUCUUCGUCAGCAUUGGAAAUGGUCUAGGAGCUGGAGGACCAGCUAGUCUACUCAUUGCCUAUACGCUUUACUGCAUGGUAUUAGCAACAGUCAACAACUGUCUUGCAGAAAUGACUGUACUACAUCCCCUAAGCGGUGGCUUCAUUCGCCUCGCUGGUAAAUGGGUAGAUGAUGCGGUUGGGUUCAUGGUUGGGUGGAAUUUCUUUAUAUAUGAGGCUCUUAUGAUUCCCUUUGAGAUUACAGCUAUCAAUCUCAUCUUGAGUUACUGGAGAGAUGACAUCCCAGUUGCAGCUGUCUGUGCUGCCUGUAUCGUACUUUAUGCGUAUGGAUUCCUUGGUGAUAACUCCGAUCUUCUGAAUAUCCUUGCUGUUACCGCCUAUGGAGAAGCCGAAUUUUGGCUCUCAUCUGGCAAGGUCAUUCUAAUAUUCAUGCUUUUUUGCUUCACCUUCAUCACAAUGGUGGGUGGCAACCCGCAACACGAUACGUACGGCUUCAGGAACUGGCAGAAUCCUAGUGCUUUUGCUGAGUAUCGCACGGCCGGAAAUCUCGGUCGCUUCCAAGGGUUUCUAGCAGCUAUAUGGUCUGCUGCAUUUUGUAUUGUUGGCCCUGAGUAUAUCUCAAUGACGGCAGGUGAAGCGGCUUAUCCAAGAACUUUCAUCAAGACGGCCUACAAAACGAUAUACUAUCGUUUCGGUCUCUUCUUCAUUCUCGGCAGUCUAUGUGUAGGCAUAGUUGUUUCUUUCAACGACCCUACUAUUCAAGCCAUCCUGGCCGGUGAAAGCUCCAAAAAGGGUGGUGGAAGUUCCCCCUACGUCAUCGCGAUGAAAAAUCUCGAGAUCGCAGUGCUUCCGGAUAUCGUCAAUGCUUUGCUGAUAACAUCCGUUUUUUCCGCCGGAAAUACCGUGACAUAUUGCGCAACUAGAUCCUUAUAUGGACUUGCGCUUGAAGGCCGUGCUCCUAAAAUUCUUUCGAAAACGACAUCAAAGGGUGUACCAGUUUACGCCUUUAUGGUCGUUCUCGCAUUUCCCUUUCUUUCCUUUCUCCAGCUCUCUAACAAUUCAUCCAAGGUUCUUAACUGGCUUGUCAGUUUAGUAACAGCAGGGGCGUUGAUUGACUACCUUGUUAUCUGCAUAACAUUUAUUCAGUUCUACCGCGCAUGCAAAGCCCAAGGUAUUGACAGGCGGAGCUUUCCAUAUUUUGGAUAUUUCCAGCCAUAUUGUGCCUACAUCGGUGUGGCAGCAAUGACUUUAAUCCUCCUGUUCUAUGGAUACACGGCAUUUGAUCCUUGGAGUGUUGAAAAAUUCUUUCAAAACUACACAAUGCAGCUUGUCGCCCCUAUACUUUACCUAGGCUGGAAGUUACUACAUAAGACCAAGCUGGUUAGUCCAAGCGACCUUGACCUGGUCUGGGAGAGACCACUUAUUGAUGCUUAUGAGGCGUCAUUGCCUAAUAACCCUCCUACGUUUUGGCAAGAAAUGCAUGAGAUGAUCGGAAUCAAAAGGAAAGAAACUAAGAAUCCGGACGCUUAG